UAUUUUGUUUAUUUUUCCGCCCCUGAAGCAACUUCAAUUUUGGCGGGAACGGACCCAAAAACAAACAGUAACAAAUGCCCCUACUUUCUCAAAUUACUGUGCUGGGGCUUCAAAUUUUGUAGAAGACAAGGGAAAGAGGGGUUUGGAAGAAGAAGAAGAAUACUACUGAUACAGAAUAAAGAUGGAGACGCGCAAAAGAGGAAGAGGAGUUGGAGCAGACAGGGAAGGAGGAAGAGGAAAUCGGAAUAAAUACCAGAAGAAUGAGAAUAAUUUCGACAGGAGGAGGGGUGGGCGUGUGGGUUUGGAAGAAAAUACUCUGGCAAUCCUUGACACCUCUUCCUCCGCCUCUUUCCACCACCUCCUCGACGACCGGCUUGCUUUUCUGGACGCAGUUCGGUCGGCUUCUUUGGUUCCUGAAAACGACAAUCCCCCAACUAAAAAAAUGUUUGCAGCAGUUUUUCAAAUUUUGAAGGAUGAAAGUUCACUUGAUCUGAUAAUUGCUAGUUAUCAACUUCUUUUUGAGUUGAAUAAGCGAUAUCCGUGGGUAUACUUGCCUAAGAUGGAAAAGUCAGAGUCAUCCACACCCUCUAAAGUUCAUCGCGAACUUAUUGUGGCUGAAGAGGCUUGGUCUCCUUUUGGUUGUAUUGAGAGGGAUGAAGCUACUGAUACCUCAGGUGGAUCAAUCAACCCCCUUGCCUUCCAUUCUCUGAUGCAAGAUAUUGCUAAAGGAGCUACCGAGGAAAGGCGCAACAAAAUAGAAAUAAAGUCACUGCAGAACAUGUUACUGUUUCAAUAUCUUGUCAAUGUUCUUGAAGGAGAUCUUUUCCCUCGAAUUCAUGCAUUUAAAGAAAGUUUAAACUGGAUUCUUUUGAGGGAGUGCAUCCUUAACAAGAUUCUAGGGUCCAGGAAACUAUCUUACAAGGAUUUAAUUAAGGACUGCAUGUCUCUCAUAGGUGAUCUUUCUUGUGAUAAGACUAAAAUCACUCGUGAUCAGAGAGGGAAAAUAACUUCUUUGGCAGAGCUACAGAAGGAUUGUCAUGGCCCUUUAGAGUUAGCUUUACCUGAAGUAGAAAAGAAUACAUGUCUUGCCCUGAAGAAACUUCUGCAGAUGAUUAUGGAGCUAGAUUCAUCAAGGAACAUAGCAGAUAUGACUGGCCUUAUCACCAGGGCAGAUGGGGCAAGGAUUCCAGCUGCGGAGAUCAUUUUAAAUGAGCUUUCAUACAGUAGUGAUCUCCUUUUCUCAUUUUUUCUGCUCGUUGAUGAACCUGAGUGGAAGCUAAAAACCAUUGUGCAGUACUUUCAGAAGUAUAUUCCAAAGUCUUCUAUCCGAACAAGGCGGUCUAAUGGCUCAAGUGCUGAUGCAACUUUUGAUGGGAUAUUGAAAUGCUUUUCAAAUGAAAACAGCGCAAAAGGAAUCAUUAAGAAAAUGAGGCCAGACGUCACUCAAUUGCUUUUAGCGCAUGGCUUUCAGGCUUUCUUGUCCUUGUCCUCGAAACAUUCAGUUGAAGAUGCCUCUGAUAGCAAGCAGGAUGUCAGAGGCAGCUCUAUUAUGGAAAUAUGUGAGAAUGUAGUGUCUGCUUUUGCUUGUUUCAGAAAGGAAGACAAGCAGUUUACCUUUUCGCCUUUCUGUAGAGAAGCACUAUUCACGGCCGCAAGUGUACUGUCAACAGGAGCCCGUUCAUGAAUUAUUGUUUGUACAUCAAAAGUCUCAAAUUUGCUGGCCAACACUACAGAUAUAGGAAUAUGUUUUGUAAGGAUAUGUCAAUGUCAAAAGUGGUUUGAAUCAUAAUUAUAUGAGCUUUUUGUUUCGCUGAAAAAUGGUUUGAAUCAUAA